AUGACUAACGAAGAGAAAGGAAGCAUCUUAAAGUCUCUUGAUGGUGCUAAGGUUCAAUGUUACCACAUCAAGGCGGUUGUAAUCUCUGGUAUGGGUUUCUUCACUGACUCAUACGAUCUCUUCGUGAUAUCUCUCAUCACGAAACUCCUUGGCCGGAUCUACUAUCAGAAACCCGGCUCUUCCUCUCCCGGAAGCCUUCCCGACGGAAUCUCCGCGGCCGUGAGCGGUGUGGCCUUCGCCGGAACGUUUCUUGGACAGCUUUUCUUCGGGUGGCUCGGUGAUAAGCUCGGCCGUAAGAAGGUCUACGGGUUAACUCUUUUGAUCAUGACCUUCUGCUCCAUUUGUUCUGGUCUUUCCCUUGGAACGGACGCUAAAUCAGUCAUGGUCACGCUCUGUUUCUUCCGGUUCUGGCUAGGGUUUGGUAUCGGAGGUGACUAUCCCCUCUCGGCUACGAUCAUGUCUGAGUACGCUAACAAAGGUACUCGCGGUAGGUUUAUAGCAUCGGUUUUUGCUAUGCAAGGGAUUGGGAUCGUUGUUGCGGGAUGUGUUUCUUUAAUUGUCUCGUCUAUUUUCGAGAUGAAGUUUCCGUCUCGGGCCUAUAUGUUGGACGGGGCGGCCUCGACCGUCCCCGAGGCGGAUUACGUAUGGAGGAUUAUCUUAAUGAUCGGGGCUAUACCGGCUCUCUUGACUUACUACUGGAGGGUUAAGAUGCCUGAAACCGCUCGUUACACGGCUCUAGUGGCCAAGAACGCGGAGAAAGCGGCCGCGGAUAUGUCUAAGGUUCUCCACGUAGAGAUUGAAGCUUCUUCCGCGAUGCAUGACCAAGCUAGGGUUUCCGAGGACGAGUUUGGCUUGUUAUCCAAGAAAUUCUUACACCGCCACGGACUCCACUUAUUCGGAACAGCCACUACUUGGUUCCUCCUCGACAUUGCUUUCUACAGCCAAAACUUGUUCCAGAAGGACAUUUUCACAACCAUCGGUUGGUUACCUCCGGCUAAAACCAUGAACGCAAUCCAAGAGCUCUUCUUGAUCGCUAGGGCUCAAUCCUUAAUCGCUAUUUGCAGCACCGUUCCUGGUUACUUUUUCACCGUAUAUUUCAUUGAAAAAAUGGGACGGUUCUGGAUUCAGGUGAUGGGAUUCUUUAUGAUGACUGUUUUCAUGCUCGUUUUAGCCCUACCGUACCACCAUUGGACAUUACCUCAUAACCGGAUCGGGUUCGUGGUUCUCUACUCUUUGACGUUUUUCUUUUGCAAUUUCGGACCUAACGCAACUACUUUCGUUCUCCCGGCUGAGAUUUUCCCGGCGAGGCUUCGGUCUACUUGUCAUGGGAUCUCGGCAGCUUCCGGUAAAGCUGGUGCAAUGGUUGGUUCGUUCGGAUUUGCUGCAUUGGUUAAAACUGUUGGGUUGAAGACAACGUUGUAUAUCAUGGGAGGAAUCAAUAUGGUUGGCUUGUUGAUCACGUUUCUCUGUAUUCCGGAAACUAAAGGUAAAUCGCUUGAAGAUCUUUCCGGCGAAACUGAGCCGGAGAAAAUCCCUGAGAAGAUUCAGGCUUAG